GUGCGGCGGAGGCCGAGGGGGCGGGGUCGGCCGGGUCGCCGUGCGCCUGCGCAGUGCGCUGCGGGCUCUGCCGGGGCGAGCGCAGCUCGGAGGCGGCUGACACUUGUUCGGGGCAGUCGGAGAGCAGCCGUGCAGCAUGGCGGACAGAAAGCGCCUGGCCUACUCCAUCAUCCAGUUUCUACACGACCAGCUGCAGAACGGGGGGCUGUCCCCCGACGCCCAGGAGAGCUUGGAAGUUGCAAUCCAGUGCCUGGAGACGGCGUAUGGUGUGUCCAUGGAAGAUCAAGGGCUGGCCGUGUCUCAGACCCUCCCUGAGAUCUUUGAAUUUGCUACAGGACGGGAGUCUCAAGACAGCAGGACGAGCUCCGAGCCGGUCACCCCUUCCGAAGAGGAUGUCACCGAAGCUGAACGUCUGAAGACUGAAGGAAAUGAGCAAAUGAAGGCUGAAAACUUUGAAGCUGCCGUGUCGUUCUACAGCAGAGCGAUCGAGUUAAAUCCAUCCAAUGCCGUGUAUUUUUGCAACAGGGCUGCUGCCUACAGUAAAUUAGGGAACUACGCUGGAGCAGUAAGGGACUGUGAAAGAGCCAUCAGCAUCGAUCCAAACUACAGCAAAGCCUAUGGCAGGAUGGGGUUGGCCCUUUCCAGUUUAAGUAAGCACACGGAAGCUGUGGAGUACUAUAAAAAAGCCCUGGAGCUGGAUCCGGAUAAUGACACAUACAAGUCAAACCUGAAAAUAGCCGAACAGAAAAUGAGAGAGACCCCCAGUCCGACUGGAGGUACGGGAGGGUUCGACUUAGCCGGCUUGCUGAACAACCCCAGCUUCAUGAGCAUGGCGUCUAACCUCAUGAACAACCCACAAGUGCAGCAGCUCAUGUCUGGGAUGAUUUCUGGUGGCCAUAACCCCAUGGGUGCCACGGGCACCAGCCCUUCGGCAAACGACCUCGCCAGCCUUAUCCAAGCAGGCCAGCAGUUUGCUCAGCAGAUGCAGCAGCAGAACCCAGAGCUAAUAGAACAGUUACGAAGCCAGAUCAGGAGUCGAACCCCUAGUGCCAGCAAUGAGGAUCAGCAGGAAUGAACGUACCAGUGCCGCCCGUGGGAAUUCUGUCCUUCUACCAAAACUGGAAGCCAUGUGUGUGUUGCCAUUUCUCAAGUCGGAAACGUCCAAGAGGAAAACAAACAAGCAAACAAAGGAAGGCCGGUCCCCCUGCGCCUGCAUGUUAGAGCCGGAUUCUCGUUUUCUCCCUUGUGUCUUUGCUCCUGCCUCCAAAUCCUUCCCUUCCGCCUUCUGGAAGAUCCAGCAUGGUGCAACCACAAACCAGCAUCCAUCGCCUUUUCUAGAAAACUCUGAAAAUGACCUUGUUCCCUGGGGGGUGCUAACCCACUCCUAAGGAUGAGGUGCUCUCCGGUGUCAGAAGUCUUCACCCUCCUCGUCUCCCUUCUCCUUCGAGGGAGCUUUCGAGUCCCCUCUCUAAAUCCUUCCAUUGCAGCUAAAAGAAGCUGAUGUUCUAACCCAGCCCCUGGGUGGUCGUCACCUCCUCGCACCCAGGCGCUGGGGCCCGUCAGUCAAGUUCCCUGCAUUUCUCAUUCAGGUCGGUAGCAAUGUCGUCGGCACUGUUUGUCCACGUGGGGUGAUGUCAGCGGAUACCUCUGAAAGGCUUUUGUGAAAGUGCGUGUGUUUUGGGGGCAGGCUGCAUAGCGCAAGACCACUCUCUGUGACUACUUCAUACUGAGCAUCUUUUGAUACACUUUCCAGUUUGUUUUUUUUUGCCGGUGAUGAGACACAGUCUGUCUAGUGUGUAAAGAAAGGAAGAAAUCAUGGCUCUAUCUUUGUAACUCUCUGUGAGCUAGUGGGGCAGGGGGAGGGGGAGGGGGCGGGAGAGGGGGAAGGAGGAACACUGGUGUCCUCUUAUCUAUUUUUAACAGUUGUUAGGGGGUUUUUUGUUGUUGUCUCUGCAUGUGAGCGAUUAGGAGACCGGGGCUUUGGGGGUAGCGAGGGAAGGGAGACGAAGCCGAUUUUACAGGGACUCCAGACCCCUACUGCUUGGGGUUAUGAAUGGGGGAAUAAAACUGCUGUUUGUGUCUGUGAGUACUGAGUGAUCACUGCCUGGGCUGAGAGACUGGCAAGGAACAGUCGUGCCCCAGCGUGGGAUGCAUGAGAAGGGGAGGAGAUGAGCAUAACUUGCCCCGGCACCUCUAGAGUCACCAGCCCUACUAAUAGCCCAGCUGUGGGGUGACUCCCAGGGGUUAGUGAGUCCCUUGAAGAGUCUCUAGGAAGGGAUUUUAUAAAGCUGGGAGUGACAACAUGGAAUAUGGGGGUGGGGGGGUGUAAAGGCAGUGCUGGAAGGUGCCCUGUGGGGUUCGGGAGCCUGUUGGUGGGAGGGAGGGAGGGGAGAUGUUUGCAAAUACCUGACUAGGAAACGGAGGUUUGUAAGCACUCCUUUUUAACAUGGCCACGCGGUCAGUGUAUCUCACAGAGAAUAAACUACUUGGACACU